AAGGGGAGAGAGAGAGAGAGCGAGUGAGAGAGAGAGAGAGCGAGCGAGAGCGCAAGAGAGAGAAUGAAUGCAGUUUGCAGUCCUGCUCUGUGGAAUUACAGCAAGGCAAAUUUGUAGGCACCAAAAAAAAAAAGAAAAGAGGGGAGAACGAAGCAAGUGAGCGAAGAAAAGAGCAGUAUUCGGCGUGCCGACCUGACCGCGCGCUCCGCUCUCUGUAGUAGCCUCCUCCCGGUGUCGGCGCGCUCAUAAUAGCGGUCCUAUUGGUAUUCCAGCGGCAGAUCCCCGGGAUCUCUCCCCGCUCCAGCCUGGGGUGAGACCACAGAGCCGGGAUUGUGCUUGCCUGUGGAGAAGGGACUGAAAUGGGGCCCUGGCCUCCCCGCGCCUCCCGUCCGUUUCGGUGCCGCCACCUCCUGUGCCUGGGGCCACGCUUCCCGCCAUGGGGCCACACCCGCGCGUGUUAACCGCCACCGCCACCGCCAGCGCCCGCAGAGGCCCCUCUCCAGCUCGCUCAGAGCCCUCACCGUGCUAGCCCUCCCCAGCAGGGGCCGGACAGCCCCGUCGGAUCCGGAGGAGUCCCCACCGGUUUUGGUUAACGGUGCGCUCACCCAGAGGGAGAUUUGGAUCUGUUGUGACCGUGGGAUUUCCAGCCUCUCCCCCAUUUCUCUUUUUAAUAGAGACUCAACAGUUUGCAGUCCACCUGUUGGUCUGAGUUUGGAGCUCAGAGCCAAAUUCAGCCUGCAGCAUGUAGAUACAGCUGAGGCACCUGUGUGGACGUGUGUUUGGUCACCCUGCCGAAACCUGGGACAAACCUGCAGAGAUCCUUCCUGCGGCACUCCAGAGGGUCUACCUGCAACACUGCAGAGGGUCUACCUGCGGCACUCCCGAGGGUCUACCUGCAGCACUGCAGAGGUAUGACCUGAGGCACUCCAGAGGGUCUACCUGCAGCACACCAGAGGUCCUACCUACAACACUGCAGAGGUCCUACCUGAGGCACUCCAGAGGGUCUACCUGCAGCACUCCAGAGGUCCGACCUGAGGCACUCCAGAGGGUCUACCUGCAGCUCUGUUCUACCUUCAUCUGAGAUUCCGUGUUUGGUUUGGCUGCCCGGAGAUGGGGCUGACUUGAGGGACGUACAGAUGUAAGACGUCUCUGUCAGAGGCCUCAGUGCAGGAUUCUGGGGAAACGCUGGAUUUCUCAACUGGAUUUCUCGCCAAUAUUGUCUGGCCCUUUUGUAUUUUUUUAAUUCCAUCUAUAUAUUCUACUAGUUUUUGGGAUUUUCUCUAUAUAUUUUUCGCUUGGCAAAUCACUUUCAGACCCCUUAGUUCAUCUGCUUCUUUAUUUUUUUAAACCACCAGAGCAACUGAGCCAGAAUAAAUCUCGAUGCAAAAUUCAGUCCUCCAGAUAUUUCCCAGAUGAAGAGAGACAGAGAACGAGAGAGGGAUAUGGAGGGACACAUCGUUUGAAGGAGAGAUAGUGCUUAAGAGAAGGCGACAGAGGGAGCAAAUCAAGGGAAAGGAAGGAACAGGUGGGGAGCAAGGGAAAAACAAGAGAGGCGGUUCACCAGAUAUAUCCCUAGGCCGCUCUUUUUAUUCUUUGUCUUUGAUUCCUCUCUUCGUCAGAGAGAGGGGCAGAGGGAAGUUAGAGGGAUGGACGGCGGGGGCGUUUGGACUGGGGCGAGGGGGCAGUAGGAGGGUAACGGAGCCCCCCGCGUGACACGGCGAGCCCCCCGCGUGUUUAGGAACGCUGCGCUCGUCGCCGUUCCCGGCGGGGUGGGCGGGUUGCAGUCGGCUGCAGCGACCGGUGUUUUGCCGCCGGGGGUUCGGGGUUCAUCGCUGUAAUCAAGGGGCAAUUAAGAGAACCUGAUUGCAUCCCUCAGUGCACUCGCUCGGGUGCAGACUCCUCAGUACUACAGUUCUUUCUGGGGACGCGUCGUAGAGAGAGAGAGCCGGGGAGGAGAAAAGGGUUUUUUUUUUUCUGACGGAGGUAGAGGACAGUCGGUCGGGAAAACACGCCUUAACCCCCUUUGGAUUUUUUGAUUGUCUUUCUUCCCCCCCCCCCUCCCUCCCUUGUUGUCUCAAAAACAAGAUCGUUUUUUAAGAGUCGCCUUCAGCUGAGCGAGAGAGGCCUUCAAACAUCAGGGAGAGUCAGAGAGAGAGGGAGAGAGAGAGGGAGAGUGCGAGACGGAGAGACAAGGGGAGGCCUCUUGGAUUGGAACUGUUAUUUUAUAUUUUUCUCCUCUUUCAUUUUGUGAUCAGUCAGGGGCUCUGUCCCCCACAUUCUCUCUGUUACAGAGAGAGAGAGAAAGAGAGAGAGACCCUCCCUCCCUUUCUCUCCCUCCCUUUCUUUUUUUUUUGCUGUAUGGUGGCAGCAGAAUUUUUUUUGUGCCUUCAUAUGUGAUUUUUUCCCUUUUUUUCUCACAAAGGAAUAUAGUUUCAUUAGAGGUCAAACACUGCAGUUUGCUACUGCUCCCCCAAACUCUGAAAGUCUCUGCUCCCGACCUGCACCCAACAUCGAACCCUCCAAAAUUUUUCCCCCUACCCUGGAUGUUUCAUAACCCUCCCGCCCCCCCCUCCACUGGAUUCUGUUUACAUGUGUACCUGAGCUGCACUCACUGGCUACUUCACUGACCUGUAGAGAACUGCUGCAAGUAUCGUCUGAUUCAUUCUUAGGGGGCGGAACAGGCAGCCAGAAGACCGUUCUCCAUGAGGAGCAGUAGAAGAUGCCGGCUCUGCCAGCGCUGCUGCUGUCGAUUCGCUUCGUCUUGCCGUUACUGACCGUGGCCCCGUCCUCCUGCAGCCAGGCGCCCGUGCUGUCCUCGGUCAGAAUGGCGGCCAUCCUGGAUGACCAAUCGGUGUGUGGGCGAGGCGAGCGGCACGCUCUCGCUCUGGCCCGCGAGAACAUCAACAGCAUGAUGGAGGGCCCGGCGAUGGCCCGCGUUGAAGUGGACAUCUUCGAGCUGCAGAGAGACUCGCAGUACGAGACCACUGACACCAUGUGUCAGAUAUUACCAAAGGGCGUGGUCUCAGUGAUAGGCCCCGCCUCCAGCCCCGCCUCCGGCUCGACCGUCAGUCACAUCUGCGGGGAGAAGGAGAUUCCCCACGUUAAGAUCGGGCCCGAGGAGACCCCCAGGCUUCCGUACCUGCGCUUCGCCUCCGUCAGCCUGUACCCCAGCAACGAGGACCUCAGCCUGGCCGUGGGGGCCAUCCUGCGCUCCUUCAGCUAUCCAUCUGCCAGUCUGGUCUGCGCCAAGGCCGAGUGCCUGCUGCGAUUGGAGGAGCUGGUGCGACGCUUCCUCAUCUCCAGGGAGACGCUGUCCAUCAGGAUGCUGGACGACAGCCUGGACCCCACCCCCUUGCUGAAGGAGAUCCGCGACGACAAGGUGGCCACCAUCAUCAUCGACGCCAACGCCUCCAUCUCCUAUCUCAUCCUCAAAAAGGCUUCAGAGUUGGGGAUGACAUCAGCGUUUUACAAGUACAUCCUCACCACCAUGGACUUCCCCCUUCUCAGGUUAGAUGACAUUGUAGAUGAGCAAUCCAACAUCGUGGGCUUCUCCAUGUUCAACACCAGCCACCCGUUCUACCUGGAGUUUAUCAGGAGUCUCAAUCUGUCCUGGAGGGAGGGCUGUGACCUCAGCCCCUACCCUGGACCAGCGCUGUCCUCCGCCCUGAUGUUUGACGCGGUGCACGUGGUGGUGGGCGCGGUCAGGGAGCUGAACCGCAGCCAGGAGAUCGGCGUGAAGCCCCUCAGCUGCACCUCCCCCCAGAUCUGGCAGCACGGCACCAGCCUGAUGAACUACCUGCGCAUGGUGGAGUACGAUGGUUUGACAGGGCGAGUGGAGUUCAACAGUAAAGGCCAGAGGACCAACUACACCCUCCGGAUCCUUGAGAAACACAGAGGAGGCCACAAAGAGAUUGGCAUCUGGUACUCCAACAACACGCUGGCGAUGAACUCCACAACGCUGGACAUCAAUGUGUCGGAGACCCUGGCCAACAAGACCCUCAUUGUCACCACCAUAUUGGAGAACCCCUACGUGAUGCGCAGGGGCAACUACCAGGACCUCCGGGGCAACGACCAGUACGAGGGCUUCUGCGUGGACAUGCUGAAGGAGCUGGCCGACAUGCUCAAGUUCUCAUUCCGGAUCAAACUGGUGGACGACGGGCUGUACGGCGCUCCGGAGCCUAACGGGUCCUGGACCGGGAUGGUCGGGGAGCUCAUUAACAGGAAGGCGGAUUUGGCUGUGGCUGGAUUCACCAUUACAUCAGAGAGGGAGAAAGUCAUCGACUUUUCAAAGCCCUUCAUGAACCUUGGCAUCAGCAUCUUAUACAGAGUCCAACUGGGGCGGAAGCCAGGAUACUUCUCCUUCCUGGACCCCUUCUCCCCCGCCGUGUGGCUCUUCAUGCUUCUGGCCUACCUGGCUGUCAGCUGCGUGCUCUUCCUGGCCGCCAGGCUCAGCCCGUACGAGUGGUACAACCCGCACCCCUGCCUGCGGGAGCGGCGGGACGUGCUGGAGAACCAGUACACCCUGGGGAACAGCCUGUGGUUCCCCAUCGGGGGCUUCAUGCAGCAGGGCUCCGAGAUCAUGCCCCGGGCCCUGUCCACCCGGUGCGUCAGCGGGGUCUGGUGGGCCUUCACCCUCAUCAUCAUCUCCUCCUACACGGCCAACCUGGCGGCCUUCCUCACUGUGCAGAGGAUGGAGGUGCCCAUCGAGUCGCCGGACGACCUGGCGGACCAAACCAACAUCGAGUACGGCACCAUCCACGGGGGGAGCACCAUGACCUUCUUCAUGAACUCGCGGUACCAGACCUACCAGCGCAUGUGGAACUACAUGCACUCCAAGCAGCCCAGCGUGUUUGUGAAGAGCACGGAGGAGGGCAUCGCCCGUGUGCUCAACUCCAAGUACGCCUUCCUGCUGGAGAGCACCAUGAACGAGUACCACCGCCGGCUCAACUGCAACCUCACCCAGAUCGGCGGCCUGCUGGACACCAAGGGCUACGGCAUCGGCAUGCCGCUCGGCUCUCCGUUCAGGGAUGAGAUCACCCUGGCCAUCCUCCAGCUCCAGGAGAACAACCGUUUGGAGAUCCUGAAACGCCGAUGGUGGGAGGGAGGGCAGUGCCCUAAAGAAGAGGACCACCGGGCCAAGGGUUUAGGGAUGGAGAACAUCGGCGGCAUAUUCGUGGUGCUGAUCUGCGGCCUGAUCAUCGCCGUGUUCGUGGCCAUCAUGGAGUUCGUGUGGUCGACGCGGCGCUCGGCUGAGACCGACGAGCUAGUGUCCGUGUGCCAGGAGAUGCUGACGGAGUUCCGGAACGCCAUCUCGUGCAAGAAGAGCUCUCGGUCCCGGCGACGCCGGCCCCUGACUGGCCCCGGGGGGCCCCGGCACCCGACCCGCGUCUCGCUGGCGGCCCCGCGGCCCCUGCGCCUGGUGCGGGAGAUGCGGCUAAGCAACGGGAAGCUGUACAGCGGGUCGGGGCCCCUGACCGGGGGCGCCGGGGCCGGGGGGGGCCCCUCCGACAUGGGCCCGGGGCCGCAGCGCCUGCUGGAGGACCCUCUGGGGGCCAACACCACGCCCCCGCCCCCGCCGCCCCCGGCCGCGCCCUCGCGCAGCUGCACGCACAUCCGCAUCUGCCAGGAGUGCAGGCGGAUCCAGAGCCUGAGGUCCACCUCCACGCGGAUCCCGCCCUCCUCCGCCCCCCUGCCCCGCCUCCCGCCCCCGCCGCCCCCUUCGUCCUCCAACACCGACAGCGAGGGGGGAGGCGGGGCCAGCCCUCGCCGGCUGCACCACACCCCGCCGCCCCGGCCCCUCCCGCCCGCACAGAGCAGCACCAGCACAGACCUCCUGGGGGAGCAGGACUGAGGAGGGGGCAGGUAACUAUGGGUGGGGAGGAUGGGGGUUUGGUGGAGACACACACUGCUUGGAGAGAGACUGUCCGACCCACCCCACACUCUCCAUGCACUGUCUUCUGAAGAGAGAGAGAGAGAGAGUGAGACAUGUAAAGGGCAGUGGAUGUGUGCAGGAAGGAGACGGACAGCGAGGUUGAGUACGUGAGAGAGGUGGAGAUGGCGAGCGGGGAGAAGAACUGAGCCUCGUUUUGGCCGGACUCCAGCUUCCCGCCGCUCACCACACCACACAGGUCAGCUGCUUUCUGUCUUCGCCAGAGAAGCCCCACUGCGGUCUUUGGUGGGAUGACGAAGCGAGUUUUGUUCGGCCCAGAAAGAGCCGUUUUCCACGGUUCGCUGCCCUGGUGCUGUUUCCAUGGAGGUGGUACCCUGCUGAUGUCAUGCAGUACACAAGUCCUACAGGACAUGCGAUGGAUGGGCUGAACGGUCCAGAGGAUAUAACCUGUCCAGUCUGGCCUCUCCUUCAUUGUUCAAUGUGAUUUUAGCUCCUCCUCCACCUCAGAUGACCAUAGAGACUCUUUCUCAUACAUACAGUACCACUACAGAAGGAGGACCAGCACCUCGCACUGGACCAUAGAGACUACGAACAUAGAGCAGAUAGAGUCUCUGUGCUCCUCGGGAGCAUAGAGACUGCAGCCGGGAGCACACGUAUAUCCAGGAGGACCUCAAACGAGCCAACGGACUCUCGCAAGACUUGCGUGACAUUGUAAACAGGAAACAAAAGAGAAAAAAAAAACAACUGGAAAAAUAUUUUUUUCCUUGUCUUUCUUUCUUUCUGUCUUUCUUUCUUUCUUUCUUUCUUUCUUGGUUUUCCCCUCGGUUUAAUUGCUGUUCUUGGAGGAAUUUGCAGGACGACACAGGACACUGAGCGGAGGCUGGAGUCGGGUGGUUGGAGGGGGGUGGGGUGGGCUGGGUGGGUGGGGGUGCGUAGAGAGCGGGUUGGCUUCCCGAAUAACCGCAGGACUACGACAGUCGCCGGGCUAGUCAAGUCGGUGCUGGCUUCACCAGAAACACGCAGACACGUAACAAGUGGCGCGUGCAUGAGCCAGCACGAGCCAGUAAUUCACACAGGGCUGCCAAACACAAUCUGCCAGCCACGGGCUGGUGUGUUUGAAUACCGUGCAGUUUUGCAGUUUAAAAAGAAAAUCUCGGCGUGUGAGUGUAUGCAACAAGCACACUUUGGAUAGGUGAAUGUACACGAUGCAGAAAGGGGAUGAGAGAUAGUUCAGUGGCCUGUCCUGGAAAAUCCUCCACAGGAUGUACAGACUGUUCUCAAUAAGCCCAGCCUGAGGAGCAGUUCUGAGUCUACAAUCAUCUUAGACUAAGACUAAGACUACGAGAGAAAAACACACACACACACACACACACACACACACACACACAAAACAUUACUCACAAUAAAGAACGUUUAUCUGAUGAGGGCAGACGGUGUACUCUCAUUACUUUGCUUAUUAUGUAAUUCUAUGAAAUGUAUAUAUUUUUUCAAACUGAUGAAUAUAUUCGCUCAAAAUGGAUUUAUUAUUAGACCUUUUUUUUCUUUCUAAAUUGCAUCAUACAAUUAGGCACGGGGUCACAUGACGUGCCAUUGUCACAGAGCCUUAACCUGAUCUUUGCAGAAAACUUUUGUUUGGUUGACCCCCAUUGAAAACAGAGAGCCCUAUUGAAAUAAAACUGCUCUUGUCCAAUCCGACGCAA